AUGCCCGACGUCAGCCAUUCUGAGGAAAUUUCAAAAACUCAUGUGCCAACCACAUUUAAAUGGAGUAGUUGGGGUUCAAAUGUAAAAUUGGCCGGAAGUUUUGACUCACCAUAUACACCAUGGCAACCAAUCCAAAUGAAAAAAGUUGAAAAUUCACCCUACUUUGAAGUUACACUUGAUUUACAACCAAACAAAACUUAUGAUUACAAAUUUGUCGUUGAUGAAACGAAUUGGGUUUUGGAUCCUGAUAGACCUAAAUUUCCCGAUUCUACGGGAUAUAAUGAGAAUCACCAGGUUUAUGUUGAAGCACCGCCGCCCCCUUCUCCUAUGCCUAAGGAACCAGAAUCUCCAACUAUUUAUGAGCAAGAAAUCGAGGAGUUUAAUUUAAAAGAUGAUGAACAUGAAAUUCAACAUGAUGUUAAGUCAGAACAACAAUUGAUUGAACAACAAUCGAUAGCGGAUGAAGUUGAAAAAACCAUAGAAGAAAUUGAGGAGCAGAAUAUUGUAAAUAAUGUCAAUGAACAAGAGAUCGUCCAUGAACAAGAAAUCGAGAAGCAUAAUAUUGCCAAUGAACACAAUGAACAAGAGAUCAUCCAUGAACAAGAAAUCGAGAAGCAGAAUAUUGUUAAUGAACAAGAAACCGAGGAACAGAAUAUUGUCUAUGAACAAGAAAUCGAGGAUCAAAAAAUUGUCUGUGAACAAGAAACCGAGGAGCAGAAUAUUGUCGAACAAGAAAUUGAGGAGCAGAAGAUUAUCUAUGAGCAAGAAAUCGAAAAAGGAUUACCCAAUGAAAUAUCGAUUACUGCAAUCAAAGAAGCAACUGUCGAGGAAGCAGAUGAGAUUAAUAAUAUAACAAUAGAAAAGGAAGAAAUACCAAUUGAAGCCGAAGAACCAGUAGAAAAACAAGAGAUCAUCGAGGAACCGUUUAUUGAGAAAGUAUAUGUAGAAAGAAAAGAGCUUAAGGAAGACAAAGAAAUCAUUGAAAAAUAUCAGGAAUUAUCUGAAGAAUCUAAAACUAACGUUAUUUCCAACGUGUUUGAGGAGACUACUCUUAAAGCUGAUGUAUCUAUAUCUUUACAAACCAAGACUUUGGAAAAUGCUAUUGAAGAAAAAUCGGUUGAUAACGGGGUGGAAUCUGUAAUAGAAUCUUCAGAUAUUCCGCAUACUGAUAAAAUAACGAAUUCUUUACAACCUUCACAAAUAAUCAAAGAAGAAAAAACCAUAGUUAUUUCUGAAGAAAUAGAUACUAAUAAAAUUAUCAUUAAUGAAACGACAAGCGAAAUCCAGGUUGAAGAAAUUUCCGAGACACCACUAGAAUUGGACUUACCAAACGAAUCAAUUACAGAGACAGAGGUGCCUUCAGUCACUGAGGUGCCUUUAACAAAAGAGAUAUCAGGUGAUCUAAUUGAUAAGAAAGUCAAUGAAGAAACAACACUACCUGCUCUUGAUUUAACGGUUACGAUUUCCAAUGUCACAAUCGAUAACGCCAAUAAUACCGAUAAUACCACUCAUAAAGAUGAAAAAGUCGAACCACACGAAAGUUUGCCCGAAAUGUUGGUAUCAAACGUUAUUUUAGAAAAAAGUGAAAAGGUUGAAAAGGAAUUUGUAUCUACAAGUGAUUUGAUGACUGAAAAUAUUAUUGUUGAAAAAGAAUCUAUUGUGUGCGAACUCGAAGAAAAUUCCGUGAAAGAAACAGAAACAUUUAAGGAAAGAAAUGUCAUUUCUGAUACAAAUGAGAUUUUAUCGAUGUCUGUCGAAGAAAUUCACAAAGAAUACGAGACGGUUCAAGAACAAACCUUACCUAGAGUAUUGGAAAAAACACUUGAACAAAGUCCAUCAAUUAAUUCAUCAAUUUUGGAGGUUAGUGAGAUUCCUAAAGAAUCUUUAACGACGACUGAAACAAAUGAAGUUAUAAAUAAUCAUGAUAAUUUAUAUAAUUUGGACAACGAUAUUACUGAACAAAAGAUAGAAUUUGUUAAUGUGAAAAACGAAUUAGAUACAUACAGUGAUGAUAGUGAUACCAUUGUCGAGGAAAAUUCCAACGAUGUUGUUAGCGAAAAUUUAUCUUCUAUUAAUAUAAUUAAGGAAUCAACCUUUACAGAAUUUCAUGAAAAAUCUAAUGAUAGUUUGGAAGAAAAUGUCGAUAAAUCGAUUCCUAUUCAAGAUGAAGAAAUCUCCGAAGUCACAUAUGACGAUUGGGAAGUUCAGAUUGCAGAAAAUAAUACCACUGAUAUCACACGGAAAUCCGUGGACGGGACUCAAGCUGAUAAAUCUUCAGACCAUGAACCUAAAAUUGAACUUAUCAAUGAAAAUGAAGUGCACGAUAUCGAUAACUCUCCAGAACCAGCCUUUUUCACUGAAACACAAUCCAAAGAUGAAAUUGGGAAAUCAACUUGGUCUAAAAUCAAGGGAUUAUCCGUUUCCACAUACGAAGAAACUAUUUCGGAAGAAAAAUUGCAAGAGAUAGACGAGAUAAACGAGGUACAUGCACACAUGAUAGACAACAAACUAGAACCUGAAAGGUCAUUAAAUUCUCUUACAUCUUAUGAAAAUGAGGAAAAAAGUCCCGAUCAUGAUGAAAAUUCUCAUCAUGAUAAUCCCACGAAAAUGGACAAUGAGGCCUUUAUAAUAAAAGAUACGGAAACUGAAAUUAAGCACACCGAAAAUUUGACAAUUUCAUAUGAUAAUGUCAAUAGUGUCAGUGAGAUCCAAAAUAACUUAUCAAUAACUCAAAAAGAUUCUAUGACCGAAGAUAUUAAACUUCAUGAAUUCGAAUCUUUGGGUAAAAUAACAACCGAAAAUAGUUUGUCUGACAACUUAUCGGAUGAAGCACCAGGCAGUAGUGCAACUGCUUGUAUGACCACAACAGUAUCAGACGACGAAAAAUCAGAUUUUUAUUCGAUUCCAAACGAAAUGAACACUGUCGAAGAAAUUAAACCAAUUUCCAAAUCAACAAACGGUCGAAAGCGAGGUAUGACAAUAUUUUCGCCCGGAGAAUCGACAAAAGAUGCCAAUAUGGUAAAAUCAAGACAUACCAAGAAGAACCUUAAGGUCUCGUCAUCACGAGAAGUUGUAAUGACAAAAAAAUUUGAGACACAAAAAUAUGAAGAUAACGACACUAAAGGUAAUAUAUUUUAUCUGAUAGCAUCCUUAGUUACAACCUUUACUUUGGGAAUUAUAUCAAUGUUGAUCAAGGCGGUUUCUGGGAAUAAUAGGAGAUAA